AUGGUGGAGCAUCAACUAUUUGCCAAGAAAAGCAAAUGUUUCUUUGGUGUCCAUAGAAUUGAAUACCUUGGUCACUUUAUCACAGCAGAAGGUGUUUCUACUGAUCCUCAAAAGAUCAAAGUUGAAGCUUUGACUCAAUCUCAUGUAUUAGCUUUACCUGAUGCCAACAAAACUUUCAUUGUUGAAAUCGAUGCUAAUGGUUAUGGAAUUUUUGUUGUUAUUAUGCAAGAGGGACAUCAUAUAUCCUUUAUUAGCAAAUCAUUAUCUCCAAGACAUGUUGCUCUGUUAGUUUAUGAUAGAGAGUUAUUGGCCAUUGUCCAAUUAUUAUGGUUAACAAAGUUGAUGUCAUUUGAUUAUUCUACUGAGUACAAAAAGGGAGUUGAGAACAAAGUAGUUGAUGCGCUAUCGAGAGUUACUGGGGUUGAUUUACUUGCUUUGGUGAUUUCCCCAACCAACACUGAUCUCUUUCAAGAUGUUGUGGAUAGUUGGCACUCAGACCCAGAGCUUACACAGUUGAUUGCAGAUUUACAAGCUAAUCAUGACUCUUAUAAGCAGUUUACUUGGUUGCAAGGCCAAUUAAGAAGGAAAGGAAAACUAGCGAUUGGUAAGAAGAACAUGAGAACAGAAGUGAAGGGUUUCAUUCAAAGGUGUGAUGCUUGUCAGAAGAACAAAUCUAAUGUAGCUGCUUACCCUGGGUUGUUACAACCAUUACCCCUUCUUGAGGUGGUGUGGUCUCAAAUUAGUAUUGACUUCAUUUAUGGUCUUCCCAAGUCUCAUAGCUGUAAGGUGUUCUUGGAUACUAUUGUGAAGUUAUAUGGCUUACCUGAUGCUAUAACCAGUGAUAGAGAUGUUGUGUUCCCGAGCUCUUUUUGGCAGGAGCUAUUUACUCUUCAAGGGGUAUUGUUGCAUAUAUCUACAACUUAUCAUCCUCAGUCUGAUGGACAAACUGAAGUGCUGAAUAGAUUCCUUGAAACCUACUUAAGAUGCUAUUGCAGUGAUGAUGCUUCCAAUUCCAUACAAACCACACCAUAUGAAGCCUUAUAUGGCAAGACACCUCCUCUAUAUCUCCCUUACUUACCUGGUGAAUUAGCUUCUGCCGAAAUCAUUAAGAAGGUUGACCAUGUGGCCUACACUCUUUUGUUGCCUAGUUCUGUCAAGAUUCACCCAGCUGUGCAUGCCUCGUUGUUAAAAAAGUGUUAUGAAGUGCCUUCCCACGUUUCUUAUCCUCCGAUUGUUGAUCUAGCCAAUAAAAAUUUCCCUACUCCAGAGUCUGUUUUAAAGUGA